UCCAGUAGCCUACAUAUGAUGCAACGAGUACACUUCAGCAAAUAUUAACUCAAAAACAACAGGAAACGGGCACAGAAAACGAACUUUGCGCUGUCUCAACUACAGCUGAGCAAAGAAGCCAAAUAUCUCUUCAGUAAAAGUAAUUGCGUUUUAAAGCUGUGAAGUAACUUUACGACGCUCCCUUAUCACCGCUUUCAACGACCUUUGCACUUUGUCUCAUUGCUAGCCGCUGUACUGUAGCAUGCAGUGGGUAGUAAUCACCAGAAGACUGUGCACACUUGGUAAGCGUCACAUUAAUAAAGACAGUGUGCUUAAACAUUUGCCUAGGAUUGUGGCUCGUCAAAACAUGUCGUCGUCUCAAAGUAAGCGGCCGGUUACCUUACUGGGAACUAUGGCUUUCGGAGGGCGAGCCGACGAGGAGCUGAGCCUGGAGAUGGUGAAGACUUUCAUGGACAGGGGACACGUGCUGGUGGACACAGCCUUCAUGUAUGUGGACGGGAAGUCUGAGACGGUCAUAGGGGGCAUGAAUCUUCCUAAAACAGUAAGCAUAGCUACCAAGGCCAACCCCUGGGAUGGGAAGACUCUGAAGCCGGAGAGUGUGCGCUCUCAGCUGGAAAUAUCUCUCCAGAGGCUGAGGACAAAUAGUGUGGACCUUUUCUACCUCCAUGCCCCCGACCACCAAAACCCCAUCCAGGAUACACUUAAGGCCUGCAAUGAACUCCACAAAGAGGGAAAGUUCAAGGAGUUUGGCCUGUCAAACUAUGCUUCCUGGGAAGUGGCUGAAAUAGCAAGCAUCUGCAGACACAACAACUGGAUUGUUCCCACAGUAUAUCAGGGGAUGUACAAUGCCACUACAAGACAAGUUGAGACCGAGUUGCUGCCAUGUCUGAGAUAUUUCGGAAUGAGAUUCUACGCAUACAAUCCUCUAGCAGGUGGCCUGCUGACAGGAAAGUACCAUUACCAAGACAAAGAGGGUUCCCAGCCAGAAGGGCGGUUCUUUGGUAACAACUGGGCUGCAGCAUAUAGGGACAGAUACUGGAAGCCGAGUCAGUUUGACGCAAUAAAGGUUGUUAUUGAGGCCUUGGAGACAGUGUACGGCUCAGAGAAACCCACCAUGACAUCUGCUGCUAUGCGCUGGAUGUACCAUCACUCCCAACUUAAGGGGGAUCUUGGUGAUGGAGUCAUCAUUGGUAUGUCAAGUAUGGAUCAACUUCAGCAAAACUUGGCAGCUGCAGAGGAGGGUCCUCUGGAUGAGAGAGUGGUCAAUGCUUUUAAUGACGCCUGGAAUCUCGUAGCCCACGAGUGUCCAAACUACUUCCGCUAAAGAGACAAAUCUGCCUAGUCAAACUUUUUUUUGCCCUCAAAUUUAAAGAGAAAAAGCUAAAGCUCCUUUCCACUAGUGAAGACCUUGCACUUGUUCUUGUUCUUGAAAUGAGCCUUCUCUUAGAAAUGAAUCAAAUGGAGACCAGAAUGCAUUAUGUUUAGAGCACUUCAUUGUUAAUGUACAAAUGUAAAAACAAAAAUAUUCUUUCAGGGAAAAAAAAAUAACAUUUUCUGAAGUCUGCCUUAAUUAAACUGUUACAAUAAAAUGAAAACAAUGCUUUGUUCACAACAAAA